AGCGCGGGCGGCUGACGGGGUGUGAAGAGAGAAAGCGAAAAUGACACUCCAGUGGGUGGCAGUUGCGUCCUUCCUUUAUGCCGAAAUAGGACUCAUUUUAAUCUUGUGCCUCCCCUUUAUUCCUCCUCAGAGAUGGCAGAAGAUAUUUUCAUUUCACGUCUGGGGUAAAAUUGCAACUUUUUUGAACAAGGCUUUCCUUACUAUUAUAGUCCUGUUGAUUGUUCUGUUUCUAGAUGCUGUAAGAGAAAUAAGAAAAUACUCCUUUGCUCAUAGCAUGCAGAAGAGUUCAGCCGGUAGACCUAGUGCCUAUGAUCAUACACAGAUGAAACUUUUUAGGUCUCAAAGAAAUCUUUACAUUUCUGGAUUUUCAUUAUUUUUUUGGCUAGUGUUGAGACGUCUGGUUAGUCUCAUUACGCAACUGGCCAAAGAAUUGUCAACCAAAGGAGUACUUAAAAUUCAAACAGAAAAUACUACCAAGGCUGCCAAAAAAUUCAUGGAAGAGAAUGAAAAACUAAAACAGGUUAUGAAAAACUAUGGCAAGGGAGAGCAACCAAUUUUGGAAGCAGAAAAUGAAAAACUAGUUGAAGACCGAGAAAAACUGAAAACUGAAUUAAAGAAGACUACAGAUGCCCUUUCUAAGGCACAAAAUGAUGUGAUGGCCAUGAAGAUGCAAUCGGAGAGACUCUCCAAAGAAUAUGACCGGCUCCUGAAAGAGCGUUCAGAACUUCAGGAUCAUGUAGGAAAAGGCAUUAAGAAAGUCCUGUGAACUUUAUGAAAGAAGGAAGAUGUACUACACCGGGUCGAGAUAAUUAAUUUGUUAUCAUGUUAGGUUUGAUGAAAUUUACAUUUCAGUUCAGCAAAGUGCACUGACACUGCAUGAUCAGCCAGUGAUUUCUUUAAUGCCACACAUAGGCUGUAUUAUAGUCCCAUUGUCACAGUAUUUGAUGAUGUCUCAGAUAUAAAGUCUAUGUUCUAGCUCUUAAGAAAAACAAGAACAUGUAAACAUAGUUACAUAUUGAUAGCAACACUGGUGUAUAGUGGCUGUUUACAAAUAAAAAUUCAUUAGCCAAUUACUUCCAAAAUUAAA